CUGAAAAAGUCUGGAGCCAUGGAGUCUCCAGAGUUUUCCCUGUUGUCCUCCUUGCGAGGUGAAUUUAAAUCAGAGGAUUUCAUUCAGCCUCACUAUAAGGAGUCGUAUCGGCUGGCAAUUGAUCGCCUGGUGAAUGGCGGCAGAGACAGUUACCAGGAGUUCUUAAAAGGAGAACGGCUCGGGAGCUUUCUCUCCGAAGAUGAGAUCCUCUUCAUCACUGGAAAUGCAGAACAGCUCCCACCUCAAACCCAGACCGAGGAAAUCAAAGAUCCCUCGGAUACCAAAUCAUCCUCUGGGACAUAUUGGCCCAUGCACUCAGAUGUGGAAACGCCAAAUCUGGACUUAGGGUGGCCGGAGGUUUUGCAUGAAAUGUUACAGACUAAUAUAGAUCUGCUCUUUCAUCCACCGAGACUAAACAGCCCAACAAUUAAAGAAGUCAUCCGGAAGCACAUUCAGGAUGCAAGACAGGUCAUUGCCAUUGUAAUGGACGUGUUUACUGAUGUGGAUAUAUUCAAAGAAGCCGUCGAUGCUUCAAUACGGGGAGUCCCGGUUUAUGUGCUUUUGGAUGAUUACCAUUUGAAAAGUUUCCUGACAAUGGCUGAAAAUCAAGAUGUGAAACUCCAACAACUGAGAAACAUGAGGGUGCGCACCGUGAAAGGUCAGGAUUACCGCUGUCGAUCAGGAGCUAAAUUUCAUGGUGCAAUGGAGCAGAAGUUUCUUUUAGUUGACUGUCACACAGCAAUUUACGGCUCAUACAGUUUCACCUGGUCAUUUGAGAAGAUCAAUCUGAGCAUGGUUCAGAUCAUCACAGGACAUCUGGUGAAGUCCUACGAUGAGGAGUUUCGAACCCUCUAUGCCCGAUCGAUCGUGCCACCUGAACUGUGUCCUCCAGAGGGUUUGCUUCAACGAAACGGGUCACUUGGGCAACAGAUUUUACCAAACUGUCAUUCUGCUCCAAAUCUUCAGCGGAGGGACAUGUUGAGGCAAAGUCUGGACACAGUCUAUCGGAAGACUCGUGAGAGGAACCUUGGUCCAAGAGAUUAUGAAGAGAGGCUGUUUGAAGAGGAAGAUUACAAACUCAGACCCUUGAUGGAAAAUGGCAUUGGUGUUCAGGAAUUUCAAUCGGUGGAGGAGAUGAACUUCUUCAAAAGGCACAGCUAUGCUGGAGAGAGACAAGACGGACACGAAUCCAUCCCACAGAACAUCAGGCCCAGAGGGAGCAACUGGAAUAUCUCUAGAGAUGGAGCAAACAACUAUGCUAUGGAUAAUUAUUUACAAGUGCCACAGAUACACAGAAGUCACAAUUUGCAGUCUUACAACGGAAAUGACAAACGAGUUCUAUCCAAGCAGCAGAACAUGCCAACGCUGGAGAAUAUGUCCAAGUCCUAUAUGCGCACAUUGAGGAUCGAGUCAUAUCUUAAUAAUCCUGAUGUCCCAUUCGGGGACUCUUGCGACUAUUUAGACCAGUUUGAACAACUGGACAAAGCUAGUCCCUUCAUGCAGGGAGGGAUGAGGUCCUCUCUUGCUCUCAGGCCAACCAUACAAGAACAAAUGGAGGCAAACAGAUAUCUACAUACUUCUAGUAGUCUUAGCCCAACAAAAAACAGUCAUUUACACUACUCAUCCAUGCAAUGGACUCCAACAGGAGCAGGCUAUGAUGCAGGUAGAAACCCUUAUCAUUCAUAUGCCAACCUGAGCCGAGCUAAAGACAGGCAAAUAAUCACGAACCCUAACAUUUUCAGUGACAACUGGGUCAAAAGGCACAGUGUGGCAGAUCCGAGAUCCAGCACACACGAAUCAUCAAAUCACAUGUACAAUGCUUUUGUAAGGAUGCAAGAAGGCCAAAGUGAAGCAGCAAUGAAUGCACUGAAUGGAGGACAUGGGUCAAAUCUAAAUGAAGAUCAGAGAUCUGUCUCCCAUUAUGAUGUCAAGAGCAUGACAAGCACAAAGAGUCCCAGUGGCCCCAUUUGGCAGGAGCCACCGGCCCGGACUUUGUCAGCAGCAGCCCUGGAUGUGAAAAGCAAGGAUUUGACUGAUAAAUCUAACCGCACGGGCGCUAAGAAAAUCACAUCUUUGCUGAACAUACAAGAGAAAAAAGAGAAUUCAAUUAGGAACUCAAAAACACCAAGUCUCACGUCAGCGGACAGCUCGGACACUCUAACUGCUGAGGAUGAGGAGAAAACGUCAGUUAUAGAACAAAAACAUCUCCCAAGCAGAAGCAUUUCUCUCAGUUCCUCCUCAGAGCGCCAGAGGAACAACGUGGAGGGCCUAAAAUCUUUAAAAUCGCGAUUCCAGACUGAGAAAGAACAACAACCUCCGCAGAGCGCUCUCUCCAAAACCACCACACAGAAGAAGCCCAGCAUUUUUGACAAAAACACAAGGCCUGGAUUUCACUCAAGCAGCUGGAGCAAAGACCGAGGAGGUGAGAAUCGCCUGUCGAGCAGAUUUGAGCCUUUCGGCUCAUUGGAAAAGAAAACCUCUCUACGCACUCCACACAGCUUCAGAAUCAAACAGUCCCAGGAGAAGUCCAAAAGCCUUCCAAAAGGCGAGGCAGCUAUUGAACUCAACAGCACUCAGGCUGCCCGUGGACAUCAUGAAAACAAGCUGGAGAAAUUCUUUCAAAGAGUGGGAAAUUUUAUACACAAGAACAAGCAGUGA